UUCCGUUACAACUCGGAGCCUCGCAGCGCCUCGGUACCGGAGCAGGGUUCGGUAUCUCGGCUCGGAUCGGCGGGUUCUGCUCCUGGUCUUCCUCCGGUUCUGGUUCCGCGGACACGGUGCUGCUGGUCUCGGGGGGCGGGGGGGACCGAGCAUGGAGUACUUCAUGGUUCCGGCCCAGAAGGUUCCGUCGCUGCAGCACUUCAGGAAGACGGAGAAGGAGGUGAUCGGGGGUCUGUGCAGUCUGGCCAACAUUCCUCUGACCCCAGAAACAGCUCGGGACCAGGAGAGGAGGAUUCGCAGAGAGAUCGCCAACAGCAACGAGCGUCGGCGUAUGCAGAGCAUCAACGCUGGAUUCCAGUCCCUGAAAACACUCAUCCCACACAGCGAUGGAGAGAAGCUCAGCAAGGCGGCCAUCCUGCAGCAGACAGCAGAGUACAUCUUCACUUUGGAGCAGGAGAAGACGCGACUUCUUCAGCAGAACAGUCAGCUCAAACGGAUCAUACAGGAGUUAAGUGGUUCCUCCCCCAAGAGGAGGCGUGCAGAGGAGAAGGACGAGGGGAUUGGCUCCCCAGACAUCCUGGAGGAGGAGAAGACCGAAGACGUGAGGAGGGAGAUGAUCGAGCUGAGGCAGCAGCUGGACAAAGAGCGUUCAGUCAGGAUGAUGCUGGAGGAGCAGAUGCGCUCCUUUGAUGCCCAGUUGUACCCCGAGAAGCUGAAGGCCAUUGCCCAGCAGUUCCAGGAGCAGCAGGUCCAAACGCAGAGCCUGGCCCGGAUCCAGCAGCAGAAAGCGUUAGAGAAGGACCUCACUCCGGCCCACAGUCCACAGGUGUUGGCCCCGGCGACGCCCCUUGCACCGACACACCACGCCACGGUCAUCGUCCCCGCCCCUGUCCAGACCCCCCAGCCCCAUCACGUUACCGUGGUAACCAUGUGCCCAGCGUCAGUCAUCAACACGGCGUCCACGUCUCGACAGAACCUGGACACCAUUGUUCAGGCCAUCCAGCACAUCGAGGGCACCCAGGGGAGGAGCAGCGUGGAGGAGGACCAGCGGAGGGCCGUCAUCGUCUCCUCGGGUCGCCUCCUCUCAGAUGCUGCCGCCUCGGACACUGCCUCCAACAGCGACGGGCCUGAUGACUGUUCUCUGCCCUGAGCUGAUCAGCUGAUGCUCCACACACACACACACACACACACACACACACACACACACACACACACACACACACUCACUCACACUCACUCACUCACUCACACACACACACACACACACUCACACACACACACACACACACACACACACACACACACACACACACACACACACACACACACACAUGGCUGAGCAGACCAGGAGAGGCUCGUUAACAGGGCUGGUAGUCAGACUGAAGCACUCGUUUUUAGUUGUUCUGUUGUUAGGCAGCCCACAUAGUUUACAGCCGUUCUUUCUGUCACUCAACAAACGGACCCACGUCUUCUUUAAUCUGUAGAGGUCAUUAGAGCUUCACUUCCUGUAAAUGCUCUGUCAUACUGGAUGCUAGAGUGUCUGCUCAACAUCCCCAUUAACUACCAGGACUGUUACCUUCCUGGCCUGAAGCCAUGUGACUGAUCUGUGAAACAGAAGAUAAAGUCGAUGAAGACCCGGCGCUGUGGCGUCCAGACCAACUUCCUGUAAUGCUCCCCUCACUUCCUGACCAAUCAGAGCUGUUUGGAGAGACACUGUGAGCCAACAAGACUGUCCUGAAGUUCCGCCGUUAGGCUUCAUGUUCAAGCAUUUACUUUUGUCCAGUCUUCAUGUGUUGUUUCUCUAAGGGUCCCUCAGCUGAAGAAAAAGCUCCAGUUGAUGCGUCUGAGAGGAGCUCGGAGACUCUUCCUGCUUCAGUCUUUUGUCUAUUUCCGUCUCUGCUGGGCUGGGUUCCCGGUAAUCCCACAUCUGUAUUGGCCUCUUCUUAUUCCUGGUGGCCUGACAGAGAGAUCACCGCUUGGAUAUUUGUUGACCCCCUCCCCUCUAGAAGCCCCCGGCCUAUGGAAUAAGCUAAUCCGUGGCCGGAUCCAGUAAUUCUCUGCUGUUUGUCUUUCAGUGUUCUGAAUCUGCAGGGCUUGGUGGUGUCUGAGACUCUGGCAGUCUGCAGCAGCUCUGCUUUAGCCAUGAAAUUUAAAAUUCACACAAAUAGAAUUGACAUACAAUCACUUAUACGUGUAAUCUUAAUAACUUGUCUUCUUUAGCCCCUAUCAUUGUCGUUUGUUGUUUAUUGAAGCUGAGAGGAAGGCGCCCGGUGAAAUCACUGACUGUGCCACGGAGGUGACAGACCACACAUUCUCUAGACAUCUCCUGAUAUCGAUGGUUUGUGCAUCUAGUGUACCGAGUUUUUUACAUCUUUCCUCUCAGAUCUUAUUCUUAAAUGUCUUCUGGAACUCUUAGUUGACAUUGAUUUUAAGACAUGUAGCGAGGCAGCAGUUCGCCUUACUGACAGCCACGGGGCGCAGGAGGUACUGAGCAGCCUUAACGCUUGAACACCAGUACCUGAACACUUCAUCUGGGCCGUCUGGUGGCCACUGGAAUGCUUCAGGUUUCCAUCUCACCUUUCCAAUCAGGCCUGUUAGCAGCCGAGGUGUUGAAUUCUGUAUUUCCAGUUACUUCUUCUAAUUCACCUACUUCUGUCUUGUGUUGGCCUCAACAACCAACAGGUUGCUGGUGUCCUGAUAAUCAUUUCUCCUGAGUAUUCAGCUGUGUUUGAAUACUGACUUCUGGCUGAAUUUAGGUAGAUUUGAAUCAGCUUUGGCUCCUUCCUGUGGGCUUUUAAAGCCAGAUGUGUGGAGAAAAAUUCCACGAUGAAAUGUUGACAUUCCAUAAAAUUUUAGUGAAUUUUUCCUCCCAGUUUACUUUUAAAAAGUGAAACCUGCUGUAUUUAGAGGCUGGUUCCACAUCACUGCUAUUUUCAAACAGCGUUUCGAAGCUAAUCAUCCCUGCAUCAGUGCUUAGAAGGAGCUGCUGGCCAGAUAACGUGUUCAGCUGAACACCACCAUGAUUUAUGUCAUGGAAUUUCCCUUUAAAAACAUUGAUGUCAGCUGCACUGAAAUGAGUGAAAUGAAACCAUGGGACGUUUUCCCAGUACUUUAUAGGAUCGGAUUCCUGGAUGUGGGAAACGUUUGCAUGCUCUGCUUUUUGAGGAGCUCUGGUGUUUUCCUCCCAGUAUCUGCAUUUGACAGGUUUUCUGCUGAACUGGUUUAUUUCCAUCUGUUUGUGUGGACAUAUCAGAUUGUUAAAUGAGCGGGGUGGGACCACUAAAUGGGGUGGAGAUUAGAAAGCACUUACUGUUCUAUAGUGGAGCUGAAUCUUUUGUAUGAAGGGGCAUCUCCUCAGCUGAAGCUCUGGAGGAUAUCAGUAAAACCACAAAGCUGUGUUCCCAUUCCCCUCCAUGUCCAGUCCUACAUCCGUUACACUUCUUUUGUUCUUUUGCAGUCCUUUCUGCUGUCUCUGUGUAUCUCUUGUCUCUCUCCACAUUUUUCAGCAUCCUUCUCCUUUGGUUCGUUCUCUGUACUAUUUUUUGUUAGACCUGUCAGUGCAUACGGUCAUCAAGAAGCUAUUUUUUUUUAAGAGAAAUGUUUUGGGGAUAAAGAGGCUUGUGCCUUUGUAAAGACAGAAUAAUAAAGUUUGUACUUUGUUUUUUAAA